AUGUCUCUAACCUAUGUACCGCCGACUAUUAAAGAUGGACUAAUAACAGUAACAAUUGAGGAGGAUGACCUUAAUAAUCAAAAGGAGCAAUGGGAAUCUGCACUAAUUGGAUACGUAUUAGGGGAUACACCUUAUGCAAAUCAAAUAGAGGGAUAUAUAACUAGGGUUUGGAAUUUUGUAACUAAACCGAUGGUGUUAAUGCAUGAUGAGGGUUACUAUAUCUACAAGUUCAAAUCGAUUCAGGACAAGGAUAAGGUGUUGAAGGCAGGGCCUUACUAUUUCAAUAACAAGCCCCUAAUUCUCAAACCAUGGGAACUUGACUUCAAUUUUGAGCAGGAGGCACUCAGUGUGAUUCCAAUUUGGGUGAAAUUCCCUGGGUUGCCAGUGGGGUACUGGUCACCUGAAGCUCUGAGUAAAAUUGCUAGUUCUGUUGGGAAACCACUCUACACCGAUGAAUUCACAGCUAAUGCUGAGAAAAUUUCAUAUGCCAGAAUUCUUGUGGAAGCUGAUGUAUCCCAGGACUUGCCUGAUUUUUUGAUUGUUGAAACCCCAUCAGGACCUUGGAAACAGGCUAUUACCUAUGAUUGGCAACCUAAAUUUUGUAAUGAGUGCAUUAGAUUUGGUCACGAUGCAUUUGAAUGCUGGAAUUAUAAAGACUAUGAAGAGAUAAAGGUUGUUCAUGAGGAUGCGGGCCAGUUUCCUAAAAAGAGGAUGAGGAAACCUAGGAAAAGGAAGCAACUAAGACAGGAAUGGAUUGCUACAACAACAAAUCAGAGCCAUGAGAAUACUAAUGAAGGGACAACAACAAAGGGGCAUAAGAGUGGUGGAGGAAUUGUGCCACCACGGAGUAGGAAUCCCUUGACUAAGCAUGGAGCACGGGGGAAUCGCACUAAUAUAGUGCCAUCAGUGCAAAAUCGGUGCAAAAUCAAAGACGGGUAA